ACACGCCGCGAGCGCGUGGCUGAUAGUCACGUUGUACCUUGACUUUCGAUGGACAAUUUGAAAUGUUUGGUGACUGAAAAUGGGAUUCUAUAACUCAAAAAUAAAGAAAACAAAGCUCUGAAAGUGACACUCUCAUUUCUGACCUGCUCACCGACCACAAUCGAGUGGGACCUCUCAGGUCAUCAUGUGGUGGUUUUCUGACCGUACUGACUAGCAAGACAUCCAGAUUUGAGAGUUCCUACAUGAAACUGCUCACAACAAGGUCUGUGGAUUAUCCCGAGGAGGCAGACAUCUCAAAACUCAGCAACUCCACACCAAAACAAUCUAGAUGGAUGCAUAGCACUACAGAGCAGGUCUUGGCGGAGUGGGCACAUCUUCUGAGGGAGUUUUGCGUAUGAAUGACGACACAGCCAUGGCUGGUGGAAAGGUGUUCCGGCCUGGUGGGGGAAACGAGCCGCUGCUGACUGAUAAAGGAACAGUGACGCGUCAAGCUGAACAGACCGACACAACGCGAAGUAACGGUCGUUCAGCGACUCUACCUUCAAAAUAAAAGCGAACAUUGUGCCGCUUUCGAAAAGGAAGCGAAUAAAUAACCAUUUUGGAGUAACUAACUACACAAUUGUGUCUACAUAUUAAACGGGAAUAUAAUCUUAUUUGUGAAAAGAAACCAAAGCUGUACCACGGAUUGUUUACGAUUUAGUUUUGUUUAAAUAUAACGGUUGUCAGGAAGGAGUACAUUUUGAAAAGCGUAACCGGAACUAGCUGUCUCCACCGUAGCUAACCCGACACUUGUAAAAAAGAGGGGGGAGGUAAGUAGUUAUUGAGGGGGAAGAAAGAAAGAAACAAAGUUGUCGACCGUGCAAUGCACACGGGGAGGGAUUUUAUGUAUCUCGAGCGACUCGUUUAGCCCAGCACCGGUCUGUUGGGAUGUAACUGUAGCGGCGCACCGGUUUCCCCCACUUCCUUCUCUCUCUCCAAACUUCUCCGCUACUAUUUCGCCGAGUCCCGGACAGGUUUUCUCCUUUGAAAACGGGGAUGAUAAAGGCAGCCGAGCACAGGCGAAUGGACGGACGGACAGGGGAGUCUAGCGAGUGCCCAAUGCGUGUUUUAUGUUGCCUGAGUUAAACUCAAUCGUGUUGUUUUAAAUUUUCCGAGCACAUUUCGUCCUGAGAUGAAUGGCAGAAGUCGGGUGAGUCGACCAUCUGAGCACAAACGGAUUUAUUUUCUUGUCUACACUGGACCCACAUGAAGUGGUGAUAGCCUGCACCCCGCUGAACCAAUCUCCGCUGUGUGUUUUUAAAAAAGAAAAUUCAAACGGAGAGACACCCCCACACCGCACUGGAUAACCAAGCUAUCAAACCGACUUUACUUAAGUGUAUUUCAGACAGUUUAACUAGUAGAGAAGAUGCAGAUGUGGAGCCACAUGAGGGUCCACAAAGGAGGCCCUCCACGACCAUAGGUCACGCCGAAGUGUCCUGGAUGUAUGUUUCUCCUAUUUCCUGGCUGGAUUGACUUGAACUGUUAGUAUUUGUCUAAUAAUCCAAUGGAUUCUUCCUCACCACAGCCUACCUGUGCCUGUGGAUUUUCCACAUGAGGGCAAACCAGAUGACUCAGAGGACUUAAGUCAUGUAACCACCUGAAAUGUCUUAAAGGUCUUAUUUAUCUGUUUUGUAUUUAUUGUGUGUGUACAUAAGCUUUGUGCUAGUUUCAAGGCCAGUUUUUAAUUUCUCAGUAAGAAUUUGAAAGCUGCCAUUUCAUCUGUCGAAGUGAAAACUGUAGAUUUGCUUGAACAUCUUUGUUCUACUGUAUAUCUACUCACACUGUAUUUGAGCACAUUAAUCUGUAACUUAAAGGGGGACUGUAGGAUUUGACUUCGCCCAGACAGGUAAAAACACAAGAAGGCUUCAUCAUGGACAGGCCGAUAAGCAAGUUAUUGGAGAAGUUAAAGCUAACGGACUCGGGCAGUGUGAAAUUCAACAGUUCAAAGAAAAAACAUGAUUCUGCCAACAACUCUAAUAACAGCAACGCCAACACUGGCAUCUCCGGAGGCAGCGGUGGGGGCAGCGGUCUGCCACCAGCUCCCAGCCCUGCAGCUGCCUCGCCCUCAAGACCCGGCCAGUUCUCGCUUGCCUCUGUAACCACAAGCGAUGCAUGUGUUCCAGCGAGUGGGAGAGGAGGAGGAGGAGGAGGGAUGGGAAUGCCUUCCUCUCAGCUCCUCACCCCACCGCCGUCUUCCUCUACAGUGGGUGCCAUACCUCCAGAUGGUGAGCAACCACUUCACCCUUCCACCUUGGCACCACUGAGGCGUCGCUCCCCCCAGCAGCGAGCUUCCUGUUACCUGGGCGAAGGCGUGGAUUCCCACCUGAGGCGUGAGUCUGGCCUGGGCCCUGAGUGUGACCCUCUGGGGGCGUUUGGCUCCAAGACGUCCCUCAAUCAACGACGCUACUCCCUGGAGCUCCAGCAGCUGGUCAGGCGGCAGCAGCUCCUCUCCCAGCCUCCGCCUCUCUCUGUUCCACCGCCGUACCCUGCUGCCACAGGGUAUGGGUCAGCUCCCAGAGGUGGCCUGGCAGAGCCUGGCUACCUCUCUGAGUCUGAGAGGCACAAACGCCUCUCUCUCCAGGAGGCUCUGUUUUACAAACGCCUGAGCACGGGCAGUGAACUGUGGGAGAGCACGAGGCCUGCAUCCCUCUCUCAUCCACCACAUCGCACAUCUGAUAUGACCGGAGGAGGUGUAGGAGGGAGCUUCUUUUAUCCCCCAGGGCCAACCCUGAGUCCAUGCUCGUCAUUCAGCCUCCAGGAGUCGCUGGUGGUCAGCCCCAGGUCCAGCUUUGCCUCCAGCACGGCCAGUGGCGGCGGAGGAGGGAGUCCCAUGGAGAGCCGCUGCAGCAGCAACCGGACCAGUGGUAUCAGCCUGGGCUACGACUCUCGCUACUCCGCCUCUGGAGGCCUCCCUCCACAGCAGCAAUCCCCCUCCAUGCAGACAGGGGCUUCUGUGGCUGGUUAUGGGCCUCCAGGCAGGGCCGGGGUAACCCCUGUGGAGGCCUGGACUCAAUACCUGGAUGGUGGGAUGCGUCCAGGGGCCCAUGAUAGCCGACAUUCCUACCCACCUGCUGUUGGAAGUCCAGGAGCAGCGUGCUACCAGGCUGGCCCAGAGUGGUGGAUAGAGCAGCAGGCAGGAAUGAGAGGCAAAGAGGGGGGUAUGAUGGGAGACAGGGGCCGAUACUCAGAUCUGCCUGGCACCCGGUACCAGGAAGAGCUCACCCGACUUCUACUGAGAGAUGCAGCGCUGGAAGGUGAUGGGCUCCUGGAGGGCCUGAUGCUGAGGGAACAGUCUCUGGCCCUGACGGCUCUUUCCAAACCGAGCACGACAACACUGGGGCCUUGCUCAGCCGGAGGGCCGGUCAAACCUCAGGAGGAUCCAGGGAGGGAGGCUGUGGAGAACCGCCAGGAGUUCUUUGGAACCUGUGUGAAGUGUGGGAAAGGUGUGUACGGGGCGGAUAAUGCCUGCCAGGCUCUGGAUAGCCUCUAUCACACACGCUGCUUCACCUGUGUGUCCUGUGGACGCACCCUGAGAAACAAGGACUUCUACAAUGUCAGUGGCUCUGUGUACUGUAAAGAAGAUUACAUGUUUUCAGGAUUCCAGGCUGCUGCUGAGAAGUGUAGUGUGUGUGGCCACCUUAUUCUCGAACAGAUCCUGCAGGCUCUUGGGAACUCGUACCAUCCCAGCUGUUUCCGCUGCAUGGUGUGCUCCAAGGCUCUGGAUGGGGUGCCUUUCACCGUGGACCAUCACAGCAACAUCUACUGCGUGGCAGACUACAACAAGACUUUUGCCCCGAAGUGCGCUGCCUGUUUACAACCUAUCUUACCUACUGAGGGCAGUGAAGAGAUCCUCAGGGUCGUGUCUAUGAACAAGGACUAUCACUUUGAGUGCUACCACUGUGAGGAGUGUGGUAAGCAGCUCUCCGAUAAGCCUGGCUCGCAGUGCUUCCCUCUGGACUCGCAUCUCCUCUGCCACUCCUGUCACAUGAGCAGAGUGUGCACCACACACAGCAUUCCCCCUCACAACACACACUGAUUGGCGCCUACGCAGCUGUGGAUGUUGGAUAAAACUGGUCUUAACAUGCUGUCAUUCUUGUGUGCUUUUUGCUCAGUCGUACAUCUUUUUCUUCAAGAUGAAACUGCUGAUAUUCAGACAUUUCCACUGAUUCACUUUCUUUGACUUGGAUCAGUCCCUUUUGUCACAUGCUGUACUUCUUGUACUAUUACUGUACCAUAGUUAUAAGGGAACGGGAAAGAAACUACUGCUUUGUUUACCCCAAUGUGGCUACUGUUUGCUGUAGAAGAACAAGGGAUUUUGCUAAACUGUUGUACAUAUAUUAUCGCUAGUAACAUUUUGCACUUAAAUUUGACUUUACUGUAAGAUUUGUUACGUGAAUCUGUACAAUUUGGGGGAAAAACAUUACUGUAAUUUCUGUAUGUUGUAAUAAAUAUUUUCAAUUGUGUUCA